CCCAGUCAGUGAGACCACUAUCUGUGUUUCUUAGAGCAUGGUGAUCGAUACCCAGCGACUCCUCUGUCUCUGUGUCCAUACAUGUACUGCAUGUCAGGGCAGGGUCAUGGGGGUUUGUUAUCCAUCAGUGCGUGUCCCUGCGGCCAAGAUGGGGUUAAUAUUGCUCGUCUGGCUGACAGCAGGAUAGAGGGAAGGAAGUAGAGAGAUUAAAUGAGUGAGAGGCAGGGGGCAGAGGAGAGAGAGAGAUUUAAUUCAUCCCUGAUUGACUAUAGCUAGCACACUGGCACUCACAAGCACUAACACCCACACCGAACGAUGGAGAGAGACAGCAGAAAUGAGAAGUUCUUCUCCAGAAAGAGAAGUUUCACUUUUGGGGCAUAUGGAGGUGUGGACAAGUUCAUAUGUGAACAUGAGACUAGCAGACCAGAGCCUUUAGAACACAGCAUUCUGGAUAUUUUGGACUCCCCUACCAGCGAGACCCAACCGUUCCUUUCUGCUGGCAGCAACCAGAAGGUGACAGAGCUGUUUGAGAUCAUUGAGAAGUUGCAGAGCAGCAGGCUAGAUGAACAGCGCUGUGAAUUCCCUCUGCCUUUGAGGUCUCAGCUUUUGAAGAUAGGUCGUGACCUUCCUCUGAUCCUGCCUCCAAAGCUGGGUGGUUACUGGAUAGACCCCCCGCUACAGAAGUUUGCUGAGACCAGUCCGACAUCCUCUCAUUAUGGACUAGACCCAGAGACCUAUGACAUCAUGGAGAGAGACAGCGAGGCCACAUACUACCAGCAGUUCUUCCGCUCACGAUAUCAUCACUCGUUCACAGCAGUGGACCCCUCCCUGGGACCCCUCCUUCUCUCUGUAUGUUUGGUGGAAGAAGAGAAGAGGCUGAGAGUAAUACUGAGGAUGAGGGAAUGCUCUAUGCAUGGGGUUUUCUCUGUGUCUCUGUUCCCAAACAUCCCGUCUGCUGUGGAGCUGGCCAAGAUGCUAUGCGACAGUGUGACUGUGUCCAGAUUUGAUGUGGUCAGUUACCUUAAGGCACCAGAUCUUAUAACAGCAUUUGAUGAACACAGAGUGUCUCUGAAUUUCAAGUUUGGUGUCUUGUAUCAGAGAGAGGGACAGUUGACAGAGGAGGACAUACUCUGUAACAAUGAGGAAAGUGAAGAGUUUCAAGAAUUCCUCUCUAUUUUGGGAGAUACAGUCACACUUCAAGGGUUCACUGGGUUCCGAGGAGGUUUGGACGUGUGUCACGGCCAGACAGGAAGUGAUGCGGUCUUCACUUCCUUCCACAGCAGAGAGAUCAUGUUCCAUGUGUCCACCAAAUUGCCCUUCACAGAGGGCGAUACACAACAGCUACAGAGGAAGAGACACAUAGGCAACGACAUCGUUGCUGUUGUUUACCAGGAGGGCCACACCCCUUUUCUGUCUGAUGUCAUCGGCUCACACUUCCUGCACUGUUUCCUAGUGGUCAGGAGGGUGAGGAAGAGAGUGUCAGUCACAGCAAGAGAGGAUGUACCUCCCUUUGGUCCCUCCCUCCCUGAUCCUCCUAUAUUCACAGAGAGCUCCCUGUUGAGAGAGUUCCUUCUGACCAAGCUUAUCAAUGCAGAGAUCUCCUGUUAUAAGGCUGAGAGGUUCAGUAGACUGGAGCUGCGCACUCGUUCGUCCCUCCUGGAGGGUCUGCAGGCGGAACUGUCCACCCGCUCCCAGUGCAUGAUGGGAGAUUCGCCUGUGUCCACCCUCUCGACUUCUGAGGGGAUGAGGGGUGUAACUGAGGGGAGUGGCGGUUUCAUCAAAAACUUUAAGAGAGCCAUUAGGGUGCGCAGUAAUUCUUUUGACACUCUUGGGGGACCUAGAAAGAUGGGCGGGGUGCCGCUCCCACAGAAGCCCAAGGCUGCUACAGAGAGAGAUGGAGAGAGUGAGUUGGCCUACAAGCCCCCUGAACCCAGCUUUCCGCCCAUAGACAACCUGGGCUCCACAGAGGUCAAAGACUACUCCAGUCCCCAGGAGAAUAUGUAGACAAACAAAAUUAUGUGUAUAUUUGAGUAAUAACCGAGUGGAUACUUUGUAUGUACAGUGCAUUCGGAAAGUAUUCAGACCCCUUGACUUUUUCCAGCGGCAGGGUAGCCUAGUGGUUAGAGCAUUGGACUAGUAACCGAAAGGUUGCAAGUUCAA